CCGUAACAAGCGCGUGGAAAGACAAACCGUGUAUACGUACUUCACCACAAGUUAAUGUAAAUGCAACCUCGUAGAUUUAGCCCCGGGCUGGACGAGCGGGAAGCCGCCCUAAGGUCGCAGCUGCGGACAGAGACGAGAGCAGGUAUCUUGAAGACGGCAGAAGAAGCAGUAUCUAUCCAAGCUAUGGCAUACCUGGAGCUUGACAGCCCUCGAGUUCAAGCGGAAAACACCCGGUUCUCGACGGACAUCAUUCACGAGAAUCCCUUCGCUGACGUGGAGAGCUGGGAAGAUGAUUCAGAUGAAGACCGGAAAGCCUUGACUCCACCAAGAAAUAUACCCCACCCCGGCCGCCAUUCCCUAGAUUUCGAAUACAGCAAAAACCCUGGCAUAACAGUCGAUCUCGUCAGCGACCUUUCGACUUCCAUCAAACCGUCGGCGCUACCCGAAGAUUUGAAUCAGGACGAGCUUAUUGAUGAGGUUCAUCGCCUCCGAAAACAAUUACACGAAAAGGAGCAAAUACUGAGGGAGGCAAAGAAUGAGCUCGGCCUUGAGAAGCGGAAGAGGAGUUACCGUCUCGAUGACGAGUACUUCAGGGCUGAAAUGAUUCAGUUACAAAGAAAUAUCAAGGAAUGGGCGAGGACACAUUUUACCAACCAGGAAGGCUACGUUACCAAACCAGCUGCGAAGAGUUUUCAGCACCUUACUGAGAAUCACGAAGUGUGGUUGCUCUCUAAGCCGAACCGUCGGUUCCUUAUUGAGGCUCGAGUAUGGGAUCUACUUCUAGAUUUCGUGAUUAACCCACAUCCUAGCGAGCGGUUUGGUUAUGUUUGGGCUGGGCGAUUAGGAAAGCGAAAGCGGCACAUCCGCGACCGUGGGCCCCGAAGGGACAACCUGGUAUCCCUGGAUUCGAUUCUUCGAAAAGAAACUCGAUCCGAUACUAUUGAAUAUGAAGAGUAUCACGAAUGGAGAUCCUUAACGUAUAAUCUUCUGUUUCCAGGGAGAGGACGGGAAACAACGCCUCGAAUCGACAUGAAAGAGGUGAUUGGCCAGCGAAAUAUGGUCACUCACAAGAUAUGGAAAGACCUGAAAUCCUACGUCACACGCGCAAAUAAAACUCUUGCUAAGGACAACCUGCGUGAUAUCGUCCGCGACGCGAUGGCCUUGGACGUGGAUUUUAAAAAACAAAAAGCGGACUUCUUCUUUGGCUCUUGGGGCGACGCUCUGUAUGGCUACGAGUUUGUGCCUGAGCAUAUGGAAGAUCUCAGGAGAUCAAGCAAGCGGGACAUGGUCCAGCUCAUGGUUUCGCCAGGGCUUUUCAAACGUGGAGACUCGUCCGGUCAUAACUAUCAUAAGCCAAAGCUCAAGAUUGUCAAUGCCAGAGUCAUAUGCAACGGUCCUAAUCCGUCAGAGAAGAAGUCCUUCCUAAGAAACUUAUACAGCACUGCUCCGAAGAGAAGUAAAAGACGGAACGUAGUGGUCAAAUGACAGUCCGCUAGAAAUCGUUAAAACAUCCUGCUCUGGCACCGUUGGAUCUAUCUCAACCUCUAGGAAGCCUUAGAUUGAUCUAUACGUCCUGAGAUGCUUCUUAUCUAUGAUGUUACAAAUAGUUGCGAGGAUCCAUAGAAUCAACCGAAUGAGGUCAAACUCGGUAGACGAGGAGUAAAUUCUGCGUGCACUGAGCAUCGUCGUCUUCCUCUCCGUGACUGCAAAGGUAGAAUCAUAUCUACGGUCUGAGGUCUCAA